AAGUCCGUGAUUUUUGACGACCUUGACCUUUGGCAAGAAUACCAAAAAGUUUGUGGAGGAUCACUUUUCAACGACAUCAAAAUGCGCAUGGACUUGAAAUGGGAUUGCUUCAAAAGUCCUCAUCCAAGGUGCAAAUGGAUUGAUGGCCUCAAGUAUUUUGUUUACUCUGCACAUGACGUCAAUGUAUUCGCUUUCUUUUCCAUUUUGCGACUUCUCCACUCCAAGGUGGUAAUGCCUGAUGGAUACGUGCCGUAUGCUGCUGCCAUAUUCGUCGAGUUAUGGAAGAACAACACUGAUGGAGAGCCUUAUUUUCGGCUGGCUUAUCACAGAGAACCUGAUAAUGCAGGUGAUACGAUCUACACGAUAACGCAGGAGAUAGGACCUUGCGAAGGAAAAGAGUUUUGUAAGCUGGAUGUGUAUAGAGAUAUUGCUGCAAAAGUGAAACCAGAUCUAGAAAUGGCGAAGGUGAGUAAAGCCAAGGCUAAAUUUGUCCGGGCUUAG